UGCGGAACCACUUCCAUUAGCUUUCGUUUCAAUAUAUUUAGAGAGAUUCCUUUUCUCGUAAACAAUCUUUCUAUUUGAAUUCUCAUAAUUAUCCCUUUUUUCAACUCUCUCUCCUCUCUCACUUUUCUACUCCAUUAAAGACCCACUUUCUUUGCAUCUGCUGCUUCCCCAUCUCUCUCUUUCUCUCUUGUAUCACCUUCCUACUUCCAUUGAACAAUUAGUCUGCCUGCCACCCUAUUCACAUCUCUCUCUCUCUCUCUCUCUCUCUCUCUCUCUCUCUCUCUUCCUUCCUGUUGCUGAUGACAAUGGUUCAUGGGUUCUCCACGCAACCGCCAUUAAUCUGAUCCCGUUCAUUCUGAUCGAGCAUGAUCCUGACAAUGUCCAUGGGGUCAUCUUUGAGAGGGAACUUAAUGCUUCACGGAUGCUGAAAGAUAUUAAGAAUUUCCAAGAUCUUGGUUCAUUAGCUUCCAUCCCACAGAAGCCAUAUUAAGUAUCUAUUCUUGUCCAAUUUCUAGGUUCAGCUUGGUCACCUCCAUUGGGAGUUUUCCUUUGAUGUGGACAUGAAAGGCUCCUUGGGUCACUUGUCGUUUAAGAGUUUGGGGAGAUACCCGCCCUCAAAUUGGUUGCUUCUGUGCAUCAUUGCCAUCCUUGCGUUUACUGCUCUACUGGGUUCUUCACGAUUGAGUUCGUUGAUUCCUUCUACUCCUGGCUCUCCCUCGUUUGACGUUUAUGGAAACUAUAGAAGGCUUAGGGAGCAGGCGGUGGCUGAAUUAACAGAAAUACGGUCUCUCUCCCAGGGAACUCAUGGUCAAGAGUUUGAGCUCUGCAGUAAGGAACUAGAAAACUAUGUGCCCUGCUACAACGUUACAGCAAAUCAAUUAGCAGGCUUCCACGAUGGAGAAGAAUUUGAUAGGCAUUGUGAGGUUUCUGGAGUGGGUCCUCAUUGUUUGAUUCGUCCACCCAAGGAUUAUAAGAUUCCCCUCAGAUGGCCUGCUGGUCGAGAUGUUAUAUGGAGCGGCAAUGUAAAGAUAACAAAAGAUCAGUUUCUUUCUUCCGGAAGUAUGACGAAAAGGUUAAUGCUAUUAGAAGAGAAUCAGAUAGCCUUCCACUCAGAUGACGGAACAAUCUCUGAUGGAGUUAAGGACUACUCUCGGCAAAUUGCGGAGAUGAUUGGGCUAACUAGUGACAGUGAAUUUCAUAUGGCUGGUAUUCACACACUAUUAGACAUUGGAUGUGGAUUUGGCAGCUUUGGAGCUCAUCUUUUCUCUGUCAAGCUUACAACAGUUUGUGUUGCUGUUUAUGAGGUCUUUGGCAGCCAAGUGCAGUUGGCUCUUGAGAGAGGUCUGCCAGCAAUAAUUGGAAACUUUAUUUCAAGGCAACUUCCAUAUCCAUCCUUGUCAUUUGAUUUGGUGCACUGUGCCCAAUGUGGAAUCAAUUGGCAUGAGAAAGAUGGUAUGUAUUUAAUUGAGGCAGACAGAGUUCUGAAGCCAGGGGGCUACUUCGUUUUGACUUUGCCAUUAACAAAGUCACAAGGAUCAACAAGUCGUGUGAAAAAUCAAAAUAUGGUAACCUAUAUUGAAGAGUUUGUAGAUAAAAUAUGUUGGAGUUUAUUGUCUCAGCAAGACGAGACAUUUGUUUGGCAGAAGACGACAGAUGCUCACUGCUAUGCAUUUCGAAAGCAAGGAGAUGUACCUCCUCUUUGUAAAGAAGAAAGUGAUAUGGAUUCAUAUUAUCAACCACUUGCAUCAUGCAUCAGUGGAACUCAUAGUGAGCGUUGGAUUCCCAUACAGAACAGGUCUCACGUUCAGUCAAGUACAAAAGCAAUUGCAAUUCAUGGUAUACAACAAACUGAAUUUGAUGAAGAUUCAAAGACAUGGAAGUCAGCUGUUACAGACUAUUGGUCGCUGCUCACUCCUUUGAUUUUUUCAGACCAUCCAAAAAGGCCUGGUGAUGAGGACCCUUUGCCUCCAUUCAACAUGAUACGUAAUGUAAUGGAUAUGAAUGCUCGCUAUGGAGGAUUUAACCAUGCCCUUCUGGAAGAAGGAAAAUCUGUCUGGGUUAUGAAUGUGGUGCCAGUCAGAACACAUAAUACACUUCCUCUGAUAAUUGAUCGAGGUUUUGCUGGCAUUUUACAUGAUUGGUGUGAACCAUUUCCUACUUAUCCCAGAACGUAUGACAUGAUUCAUGCAACUGAUCUCCUUUCCCAUCACGUACAUUCUGAAGGAUGUGAUCAAUCUACUUUGUUACUUGAGAUGGAUCGAAUGCUACGACCUGAGGGGUGGGUUGUUUUUCGUGAUCAGAUUGAACUGAUCGAGAAGGCUCGCAUCAUUGCAACUCAAAUUCGUUGGGAUGCACGAGUUAUUGAGCUUCAAAGCAGCAAUGAAAAGCGGUUACUUGUUUGUCAAAAGCCAUUCUUGAAGAAAUGAUCAAUUUACGUGUCAUGACAUGAAUUCAGUGAAGUUCUACCUUUAUGAACAUACAUGAGGAAAGCAAAGGCUGUCUAUGUGAGUGGCAUAUUUUUGUAUCCGCUGCUGGAGAGAGAGAGAGAGAGAGAGAGAGACUGAGAAUACAUGGUGGCUGUUGAUGAGCAUGCAUCAUCUUCUUGGUGCUAUUUUGGCAGCUUCCGUUUGUAUCCUCUGGUUGUAAAGCCAAGUUGACACUCAACGUGUGCUAGAUGAGAUUACAGUGCAGAAUGGGGUUUAUUUUCGUAUCUGUGAUUUGAUAGAUUCAUUUUUUAUUGAGGCUUUAUUGGUUGAAGCAGCCUUGUAAAUUCAUUUUUAAGUUUUUUUCAUUUGUAUUUUGGCCAUUGUCAAUUCUUUAUUGACUUCGUUCUUGUUCAUUUUGGAAAGAGGGCGGGUUUUUGGAAUGAUUGUGGAAUAAAGUAUCAUAAAAGACAUCAUACACAGAGAAUGUUAUGCACCUCCAUAUGUUGAACAAUUGUAGCUCAAGAAGGAUAGUUUAUGUUCUUUGUGCUCUUAUACCACUACUUGAAUGCAAUUUGUUCUUGUUCUUGUUCUUAUUC